UGGCCCUCUGCAAGCAAUGCAACCAUCGUGAAUCUGAUUCAUGAAUCUCAUUCCAAAUCUACUUAUUAAUCGAGCAAGUGGACUGACUGAUAAAAUUCUAUUUUCCUUCUCCAGUAGUAGUUCUCAAGUUAGUUGCCAUUGCCAGUUCCACUUCCAGUCUUCAUCCAUCUUCAGUCUUCACUUUUAUAUUUGUUUCAUGUGAGGAGUGACGUGCUGUGUUGCUGAGUGUUGUUUAACUUUGUUUAUUAUUUUUAAUCAAAAUUUAAUUAAAUCAAUAGUGUUUUAUUUUGUAUAGCUACUCUAUAGUUAUUAUUCUUUAAAGUAUAUUUGAUUUGCAUCUGCACUUUGCAGUAAAUAUCGCUUUUUCACCGGAUCGGAAACAAAAAUUGCCAAAAUGUCUCUAUAUCCAUCAUUGGAGGACAUGCAAGUUGACAAACUUGUCCAAAAUCAACGUGCCAUGGUGAAUGAAGUGAUUCAAUUUUCACAAGACGCUCCCGUUGCUACUCCUGCAAUCACUUCGCCAUAUCCUGUUGCUAAUGUACAAAAUGGUACUGUCGUUUAUCCAGCCUUAGGAAAUUUUCUCGGAUUGGAAUUAUCUGAUGAGAUGAUUCGACAAAAUAUGCCAGAAUAUAUGACUGAUACCACAGAUACUGCCAUUGAACCAGCAAGAAAUUCACCAUACCCAUCGAAUAAUGGUCUUAUUGCACCUGUUACAGGCAAUAAUGUCAUUCCAGCUGUAGCUCAGGUCAAUCACAGUAUUCGGGAGCUGAUUCUAUGCAAAGAUUCUAAGGGAAAAGUCGGGCUAAGAGUACAGUCUAUCGAUAAUGGUGUUUUUGUUUGUAUUGUGGUCAAAGGUAGUCCAGCUGCAAUGGCUGGUUUGAGGUUUGGCGAUCAAAUUCUACAAAUCAAUGGAACUCUCGUUAGUGGAUAUUCUGUAGACAAGAUUCAUAAGAUGCUCAAAACAUCAGGAAAUAAUAAUAUAUCCGUUGUGGUUCGAGAUAGGCCAUUUGAGAGAACAGUUACCUUAUUGAAGGACUCAAAAGGCAGCAUGGGAAUAGUCUUUAAAAACGGAAAAAUAACUGACAUUGUUAAGGAUUCAUCUGCAGCCCGCAAUGGAGUCCUAAUCAAUCACAAUCUACUCGAAGUCAAUGGCCAAACUGUAGUUGCAAUGAAAGAUAAAGAAAUCGGCAAAAUUAUCACUGACGCACCUGGCAACACCAUCAAAAUAACAAUAAUUCCAUCGUUUUUGUAUGAGCAUUUAAUCAAAAAGCUUUCAACAUCAUUCCUUCGUGGUAAAAUGGAUCACAGUGUUCCUGAAUUCUAAAAGACAACAACAACACUGCCAAAAAUAAUAUUCACAAAACGCCAAAUAUGAAUACUACAACAAAAAUAAGAACAAAUUUUAAGCAUAGUUUCAGGGCUAAAUCUCUGUUGAGUGCCGAAUAGCAUUUAAAAACAUAUUUUUAUCAAUUCCAUUUUUAUUCACAAAGAAAUUAAUAUAAUUAACAACAAAUCAAAAAGUCUAACUGUUCGAUUGUUAAAACAAAAAGUCUUAUCACAAAAAUGAAUCCAAUAUAUGGUUACAGACUUUUUUAUUUUUAACCUGAUCAAUAUUGGUAUUCGAAUUUAAAUAUCUAUGCAAUACUUAUGUUUGAAAAUGCGUAAUAUUGGACUUAGUUGCACAACAGCGAUUAUCUAUUUAAGUUAAGUAUUUUUUCGAUCAAUUUAUAUUUACUUGAAAUAAAUAAAAAUCUAAAUAAAAAUAA